CUGAUAGAUGUUUGCUGGACCAACACACACGUCGCGUCGUAACCGCAUCUCAGCUCCGCCCGCGGCACGGGGCGUGUGUCUGUGGGCGGAUUCUCGCGCAGUGCUGAUGGGAACACGCAGGUGACGCGGCGCUCAGCAGCACUACAUUGCAAGACGCGGACGAUAUCCGCCGUGACAGGACAAGAGACCCAUCGCGAAUUUCGGAGAUGAUAAUGAAUGCAUUGCGAUUAUUACUGCAGAGAGAUUAUUAAUGCAGAGAGAUUACUGCGGGAAUCUGAGGAGCAUUCCUGAGGCCUGGAGAAUGUUGAAAUCUGGAAUGCAAUAAAACUUUCUUGCCAUGAUUCCUCGCGUAUCCUGCAGUGCAGAUAUAAAGCGGAUAAGCAGUUGAAAAUGACCCUCGCCUGUGCUCCGGAAAACACCAGAUAGCUUCUCUGCGUUUACUUCUUCAGAGACAUCUGUUGGAAACCCAAAAAGGUGCUUGGAAUUCAACAUUUCUGCGUAUCCUUCCAGCCUGUGCCUGAUACACCAACCGAUGGCGAGACUACAGAUAGAGUCUGGAUAAAGCAGUGACGGUGAAACAAAGGGAAAAAAAGGAUUUUUCUCUGCACAUCAUUCCAUGUAGCUCAGGUAAAGAUUUCAAUUUUCUUGACUGGGACAGACAUCCCAAACGUCAUUUGCCUAAUAAACACAAACACUGCACUGGAGAUUUUUGAGCUUGUGACUGGAUGGGUGAAAUGAAGACAAAGGCUCGUUCCAUCCUGUGGCCCCUGGGGCCAGUAGUAUUAGCAGGGCUCUUUGUGUCCACGGGGGCCCUUGAGUUUGGCGGCGCUCCCGGACAGUGGGCGCGUUACGCCCGUUGGGAGGCAGGCUCGAUCGGAGAGCUCAGUUUUAGCCUGAAAACCAACGCGAGCAAGGCGCUCGUCCUGUACCUCGAUGAUGGCGGCAACUGUGAUUUUCUGGAGCUGUCGCUCACCGGUGGACACCUGCAGCUCAGAUUCGCCAUUCACUGCGCUGAACCCGCCUUGCUACAGAUGGAAACCCGCGUCAACGACGACCGCUGGCACAUGGUGCUGCUCACGCGUAACUACCGCGAGACCAUGCUGAUGGUGGACGGGGAAACCAAAGUGGCUGAAGUUCGUUCCAAGCGCAAAGAAAUGGCUGUUGUCAGUGACCUUUUUGUGGGAGGAAUUCCGCCUGACGUACGUCUGUCCGCGCUCACGUCCAGCACGGUAAAAUACGAACCUCCGUUUUUGGGAUUGAUCUCCAACCUGAAGGUGGGCGAGAUGCCCCCGACUUUACUAAACAGUAACGGGAUUCAUAACGAUCUGGAGUACCUGUGCACCAAGCAGAACCCGUGUCUCAACGGCGGAUACUGCACCGUCCGGUUCGGGGAGGUCCACUGCGACUGUUCGCAUACGCGCUUCAGGGGAAAAUACUGUAAAGAAGAGGAACAUGCAGUUGAAGGUCUGGCGCACCUGACGUUAAACAGCCAAGGUGACUCGUCUCAAGUUGGAAAAGAAGAAUCGGUUGCCACCUUUAAGGGAAACGAGUUUUUCUGCUACGAUCUGUCGAUGACGCCGAUCCAAAGCAGCACGGAUGAGAUCACGCUGUCGUUUCGUACGCUGCAGCGCAACGGCUUGAUGCUACACACCGGCAAAUCCGCCGAUUACGUCAACCUGUCGCUGAAGAGCGGUGCCGUGUGGCUCGUCAUUAAUCUGGGCUCCGGGGCCUUCGAAGCUCUCGUGGAGCCGGUCAACGGGAAGUUCAACGACAAUGCUUGGCACGAUGUUAAAGUCACCCGAAACCUGCGGCAGCACUCAGGCAUUGGACACGCUAUGGUAAACAAACUGCAUUAUAUGGUAAUUAUAUCAGUGGAUGGUAUUCUGACCACCACUGGUUAUACACAGGAGGAUUACACUAUGUUGGGUUCUGAUGACUUCUUCUAUAUCGGUGGAAGCCCAAACACAGCAGAUCUGCCCGGAUCUCCAGUCAGCAACAACUUCAUGGGCUGUCUGAAAGACGUCGUUUACAAGAACAACGACUUUAAACUCGAGCUUUCCCGUUUGGCCAUUGAGAGAGACCCAAAGAUCAGCCUGCACGGUGACCUGGUGUUUCGCUGUGAGGAUGUGGCGGCCCUCGACCCCGUGACGUUUGAAUCUCCGGAGUCUUACAUCACCCUGCCGCGCUGGGACACCAAGAAAACCAGCUCCAUAUCUUUUGAUUUCCGAACCACAGAGCCCAGCGGACUGCUGCUGUUCAGCCACGGAAAAGCGCAGAGCACCAAGGAGCAGCGCCCGGGACGAGAAAUGAAAACGGAUUAUUUUGCCAUGGAGCUGCUGGACGGAUUUUUAUACCUGCUGAUGGACAUGGGCUCCGGCAGCAUCAAACUUAAAACCAGUAACAAAAAGGUCAAUGAUGGAGAGUGGUGCCAUGUAGACUUUCAGAGAGAGGGAAGGAAAGGGUCCAUCUCAGUAAACAGCCGAUCCAUUCCCUUCAGCUCUAAUGAGGGCAGUGAGAUUCUGGAUCUGGACGGUGAUAUGUACCUGGGCGGUUUACCUGAGAGUCAACAGGGUUUGAUUCUCCCACCCGAGGUCUGGACGGCGCUGCUCAACUACGGUUACGUCGGCUGCGUCCGUGACCUCUUCAUCGACGGGAAGAGUCGCGACGUCCGCCGGCUAGCCGAGAUCCAGAGCGCUCCGGGCGUUAGCAGCUUUUGCACCCGUGAGCUGCAGAAGAGGUGUAGCAGCACCCCCUGUGCUAAUGGAGGACAGUGCAAAGAGGGCUGGAACCGCUACAUAUGUGACUGCACCGGGACCGGAUACCUGGGAAACAACUGCGAGAUCGAGGCUACAGUCUUAAGCUAUGAUGGCAGCAUGUAUCUGAAGGUCAUCAUGCCCAGCUCCAUGCACACGGAAGCUGAAGACGUCACCCUGCGCUUCAUGUCUCAGCGGGCGUACGGCCUCCUCAUGGCCACAACCUCCAAAGAGUCGGCCGAUACUCUGCGCUUGGAGCUGGACGGAGGACGGGUCAAACUCACUGUUAACCUCGACUGUAUCAGGAUAGACUGUAACCUCAGUAAAGGUCCAGAGAUUCUGACAGCCGGACAGAAACUCAAUGAUAACGACUGGCAUUCAGUCAAAGUGAUUCGUCGCGGCAGAAACCUGCAUCUGUCUGUGGACAACAUCACUGUAGAAGGUCAGAUGACCGGCGACCACACUCGUCUGGAGUUUCACAACAUCGAGACGGGCAUCAUGACAGAGCGCAGGUUCAUCUCUGUCGUCCCGUCUAACUUCAUCGGACACCUGCAGGGCCUGACGGUCAACAGCGUGCCAUUUCUGGACCAGUGCAAAAACGGCGACAUAUCAUACUGUGAGCUGAACGCCCGCUUCGGCAUGCGCCACAUCAUCGCUGACCCCGUGACCUUUCGAAAUAAAGGCAGUUACCUGGCACUGGCCACGCUGCAGGCGUACGCGUCCAUGCACCUGUUCUUCCAGUUUAAGACCACGUCCGGCGAUGGCCUGCUGCUCUUUAACAGCGGAGACGGCAGCGACUUCAUCGUGGUGGAGCUCGUGAAAGGGUUUGUCCACUAUGUGUUUGAUCUGGGGAACGGACCGUCUCUCAUGAAGGGAAACUCUGAGAAACCUCUCAAUGACAAUCAGUGGCAUAAUGUGGUGGUUUCCCGAGACACCAACAACGUUCACACGCUUAAGAUCGACUCUCGCACCGUCACGCAGCACUCCAACGGUGCACGAAACCUGGACCUGAAAGGAGAGCUGUACAUCGGUGGAGUAGCCAAGAACAUGUACAACAGUCUGCCCAAGCUGAUCGCGUCCCGGGACGGAUACCAGGGGUGUUUGGCCUCCGUGGAUCUGAACGGCCGCUUGCCCGACCUGCUCGCAGAUGCCCUCCACAGAGUCGGUCAGGUGGAUCGAGGAUGUGAUGGACCCAGCACGACCUGUACGGAGGAAUCAUGUCAUCAUCAGGGGGUGUGUCUGCAGCAGUGGGAGGGCUUUACCUGUGACUGCACCAUGACAUCAUACAGCGGCUCAUACUGUAGUGAUCCUGGGACGACGUACAUCUUCGGGCGCGGCGGAGCCCUCAUCACUUACACCUGGCCACCGAACGACCGUCCGAGCACGCGGGCAGACAGGUUGGCGGUGGGCUUCAGCACACAGUUGAAAGAGGCGGUGCUGGUCAGGGUGGAAAGUGCCAAGGGUCUCGGAGACUAUCUGGAGCUUCACAUAGAGCGAGGAAGGAUUGGAGUUAUAUUUAACGUGGGGACGGAUGACAUCAUCAUCGAGGAGAGUGGCAUGAUGAUCAGUGAUGGGAAAUAUCAUGUGGUGAGAUUUACAAGGAGUGGAGGAAACGCAACACUUCAGGUGGACAAUCUGCCCGUACUGGAGCGAUUUCCAUCAGGGAACUUUGAUAAUGAACGACUGGCUAUUGCUAGACAAAGAAUCCCGUACCGACUCGGUCGGGUAGUUGACGAGUGGCUACUCGACAAAGGUCGGCAGCUGACGAUAUUUAACAGUCAGGCGUUCAUCAAAGUAGGUGGCGGUGAGAAGGGUCGUAAUUUCCAGGGUCAGAUCUCGGGUCUGUAUUAUAACGGCCUGCAGGUCCUUAAACUCGCCGCGGAGGGCGACCCCAACGUUCAGGCGCAGGGCAACUUGCGUCUGGUCGGCGACACGCCGUCUGUAAUGACCACCGACACCACGUCCACCACUCCGCUCGCCGACAUGUCCACCACCAUCAUGGAGACCACCACUACCAUGGCCACCACCACCACACGCAAACAACGCUCACCCACCAUGAGAGACAGCGUUACACAGAAUACUGAUGAGCUGUUAGUGGCAUCAGCUGAAUGUCCAAGUGAUGAUGAAGAUCUUGAGGAGUGUGAACCUGGAAAUGGAGGUGAACUAGUGUUGCCAAUUAUAACCGUGGAUUCCCUCGACCCCCCUUUGAUUGCGACACGUUACCCCGUUAUAGCCCCGCCCCCGACCUAUCGCCCCUACCUCACCUCCCUCGAUACCACCAGAGAGUCUCUCCCCCUGCCUGGUCGGCCACCCUGUCCGCUGGACCAGGAGGACUGCGAGGAGCCCGCCGCGGAGGUGUCGGCCUACGGUUCGGGUGAGAUGACGGAGUCGGACGACGAGGACUAUUCUAAAAACUCGGCCCUCGUCACCGACCGGACUGUUCUUCCCCCUCCCCCCGCGGCCAAAAACCCCCGUGGCGACCGGCACUUGUCCCGUCCGCCUGGCUCGCGCCCGUUCGUUCCCACGGCCCUCCCAGAGCAGCUCGUUCCCCGACACAAGCCCGCCAUCAGCAUGGGUCCCAACAUUCCGGCGGGUAAAAUGAACACCCGCGACCAGGUGUUGCUGCCGCCCGUCCAGCCGUCGGGCGAGCCCGAGCGGGGCGGGCGGCAUCGGCACCCGGGCGUAACGUUUCCUCCCGAUUUCCCCCGUUUGCCUGCUACAGAUCCCUCGUCGCCAGACAGAGGCCCGCCAGGAGCGGUGGAGGUGAUCCGGGAGUCCAGCAGCACGACGGGAAUGGUGGUGGGCAUCGUGGCCGCGGCCGCCCUCUGCAUCCUCAUCCUCCUGUACGCCAUGUACAAGUACCGCAACCGCGACGAAGGCUCGUAUCAGGUCGACCAGAGUCGCAACUACAUUAGCAAUUCAGCCACGCAAAGUAACGGUGCCCUAGUGAAGGAGAAGCAGCCUGGAGCCGCCAAGACCGGAACAAAGAGCAAGAAAAACAAGGACAAAGAGUAUUACGUCUGAGCGCGCUCCGGAGAGACGGAGGCCGAGGAGGAGGGGGGAAAGAGAGUUUGACGAACGGAAGGUCAGAGACUUUUUAUUGGUAGCGUACGGCUAAAUUCACUGCUCCGACACGAGUCGUUUACCAUCUCGUUUUUAGCAAGAGUCGAAACGAGGCAGGACACACGUCUCGGGUUUUGGUCGUUCCCUGCCUUGUUUUUGAUCGUUCGUUCCGCCGCUACUUUUGUACUGUUGAAACGUGUAUUUUUCCUCAUUGCCGUUUUUGUUCUACACUUUGUUUUUCGUAAAUACGACCUGAAUGUUGAGGUCGUAUCGUCACCUGAUGUUAAAACUCCAGCGUAUGUAGACCGCGACGAUCUAGCAGGGCAUCAGAUACCGUCGAGAAGCUUUCGGCAUGAAAUGAGCGAGCUCGAUGAAUUGAAGUGACGAGUUUGGAGAACAGAUGCUCCCGCAAACGUUUAGCAGUCCUCAGUAAUGCUGCCAAACUGCCGCUCGGUGUCAAAUGCACCUCGUUCGCCCCUCUUCCUCCCUUUCUGGGCUCGUUCUCCUUUCUCCUUGGUGCUCAGGAGCAGAUGCGCCGUAAUUCUGUUGUGUUUUCAGCAUGUGGUAUUCAAAACGAAAAGAGACAAAAAAACUGUUUCUGUGGCGUCAAACCAAUUAAUCUAUAUAUCAACAAAUUACAACUAGAAGACUUGAGAACUAUUAAACAUCUGUGGACGGUUCCUUCAGAGGCUCAUGUUGCAGCAGAUGUUCAUCGUGUGUUUUGCCUUCGCGGCUCACGUCUUGAAUCUUGGUUUCUGCUCUAAGCGCCACAUACAGCAACCGGAGAAACAUCUCAAGCAGAUACUUGCGUGUGAAGAUCUCACUGGAGGUCUGAUGUAUGAGCCUUCACCAAACCACAUUAGUGGAGAAAAGUAAAGACUAUGGAGUGAAAUGGUAGAUUUCUUUUGUUUACGUGUGUGUGUGCGUGGGUGCGUGCGUGUUUAUUUUGUCAUAAUGUAAAAGGGACAAGACGUUAAUGUUUGAGUUAAUGUGCAUCUCAAGUAGGAAGUCAACUGCAUCUUUGAGGUCGACAGCGUUCUCUUUCUUGGACAUACAGGAGGAAAGAAUGAGGUCGAUUUGAACUUUAAAAAGGAACAAACUCUCGAAAGAGAAAUCCACCUGUUCCUCCUCGGAUGAUGUACAACUUGGACUCUAGUAUUUCAGUUUUCUCAAGUCUAUUAAAAAGAACUCAACUCUACAUUGAAAAGAAAAGUUUGUGAAAUGUCUAAAUAUUUGAAUCUCAUCCCAGUGCUAAAAGAAGAUGUGUUUUCCUAUUAACUAACGCUCAUCCCUAUAAGACAGUGAAUGACGUUCAAUCCCAUUCCAGAAAGCAGACGUGUUUGGAUUAUUAAUGUGAUUUGGUUUCCAGCAGCGUUUCCUUCGCACAGGCGAUCUUCUCCUUUAAGACAGUAGACCUUCACCAUUUGUCUCCGUCCUUCUUCCUCCUCAUCAUCAUCAUCUUCUUCAUUUAAUCCUCAGUCUUUCAUUUUGUGUUUGUGUGACUGUUGCUUGUGUAUCUGUGAGAAUGUUUUCAUCAAUGUUCAGCUGUUUGAGAUGAAGUUUCUCCUCAGCGAUGCCCUGUUCUUACUCAAUGUUAUUGUAAAGUGUUCCAGUGAGAUGAAUCUGCAUAUGUGUAUAUUAACACAAGGGAAUACAAUUGGUUAUAUACUUCUUA